CUUAAAAUUUAUUCUUUUUCUGAUCUGGUAUGAUAAUACAUAGUAAUUAUUAAAAAUAAUACGUCAAAAUAACAGAUGAAUUAAUCCAAAACAUGCAAAAAAGUAGAUGUGAAAAUCAAAGACCCUAACCUAUAAAUAAAAUGAAAACAAAUGCGCGCAAGAGUACGCAUUGUAAACAAAUCGUUCCACUCACGAGUUAUUUUUGAUUACACAUUAAUUUACGUUAUUUUACUUGCCGCAAUUAAUAGUAAAUCGACAUUUAUUGAAUAUAUUUUAAAAAUUCUUGUAUUUAUCUGAAACCGGUCAAAAUGCGUGAGAAGAGUGAACUUGACCUAUAAUCAUAACAGAAAAGCAGAAAAGCUUCGUGUGAUUGAAAAUACUAUUUAUUUUUACGAAAAAGAAUUGUGGACUUUAUAGAUAUAGAUUGUUUUUUCUCUCAGGUUGAAGCGAGGCUUCAACCUAAAUUUAAAGGAAAACCACUUGCAGUUGUUCAACACAAUCAGUCGCAAUUAGGAAGGUAUAGAAAUGCUGGAAGAGAAGUUAUAGAUGUAUUAAAAAAGCAUUGCAAUAAAAUUGAGAGCUAGCGUAGAUGAAGCUUAUUUGGACAUUACUCAAAUAGUAGAUGAUCGGAUGUUUGCAACUCCCGCUUCUUCGGAUGAUCUACUGGAAAAAUUGUCGAAUACGUACGUUGUGGGAUAUUCAGAAUGUGACGAAAAUAACGAGGAUCCUAGCUAAGCUAGCAUGUGGUUUACAUAAGGCUAACAAACAAACAAUAUUAGCUUCGAGCGGUGUCCCUAUUCUAUUCAAAUCUCUGUCAGUAAGGAAGUGUAAUUUUAUGUCUGACCUUUUGCGAUAUUCUAUGCAAGAUCUUCAAAAAUUGUUUGAUGAGAAAACAGGGUACACGCUUAAACUUAAAUGCACACGAAACGGCGUGCUACGCUUUUGACAGUCAGUUUUCAUUUGAGUCAAGACGAAGCCACAAUUUCCCAAUCAAAAUCAUAUCCUCUAAAUUCCUACACGCCGGAGAAAGUCGCCUCUUUAUGCUACAACGCUAUCACAAAAGCGAUGCAACAUCCAAUCGCGUGUCUAGGCCUCUCUGCAGAAAAAUUGAUACAAGUUAAGGACAGUGGACUUUUCCGCAAUUCCUUCACAGAGAAUGCAAACCAGGAGGAAAGUAAAAACGAUUCUUCACUCAUGCUAGAGACUAAGGUUAGUGAGUCAUUGGACGCAUGUUCUGAAUUUGAGAGCAAUCAAAAAACAAAAUUGGAUGUAAAUUCUGAGAACCUUGACUACAAAAAUAUAGAUGAACUAGAUGUAAAGAGAGAAAACUUCUUUAAAUAUUACGCACCGAAGUCUCAUAGUAGUUUCGACGCAGCUCUGGAUUCUGAAAAUUUUAAACAAUCUUUUUUUAUUAAUAUUUUAAGGGAGAAAAAUGUAAACGAAGAUGAUAAAUUAGUAUUCAAAGCUGAACUUACAGAAACUGAAAUAGGUAACGCAGAUAGUGAAAAUUUGGAUAGUAACUCUAACAAUAUUUUUCCGCUAGUAACCGCGGAUGUGGAUCAUCUCGAUAGCGCAGAAAAUAUAGAUACUAAUUCUUCUCAAGAUUUGAAAUCUUCUUCGUCGAAAAAAGAAAAUUGUUCGGAAAUGAAAACUUCACAAUUAUCUGCGCAAGUAUCUCCAAGUAUGUGGUCUGCGUCAAAAAUGGACAAUGUGGAAUCGUUUGUAAAUAGCAAUGGAAAAGUAAUGGUUAAAUUGCAUGAAAUCUUUCCAGACCCAAGAGACAUAAAUCCAGGUGUCAUAUCACUUUUACCGCCAGAAUUGCAAAAAGAAGCUAACGAACUUUUGAAAAACAUCACUAAGAAAAACAAGAAGAUAGCAAUUUUGGCGGAACAUGACAGAUUAAAAAAGAAUUGUAAGAUCAAGCCUCCCGAACCAGGUUCGAGUAAAGGCGGAAACUUGAUUCAUAGUUUUUUAAUCAAGUCAAGUUCAAGCUGUGAGACUGAUGAAUCGUUAAAGAAAUGUGAAAAGUGUCAUCAAUUGAUACAUGUAGAAAAAAUGCCUGAACACAAUAACUAUCACGUUGCUCAGGAAAUACAAAAAGAGAUCAAUAAAUCUACGACCGAAGAUGUCUAUUGCAAGAGAAAGAAGGAAACUUUUAAAAGACGAAACACGAAAAACUUAAAAAUUAAUACAAAAAGUAAGUCAAUAGCUUAUUUCUUUUCAUAAACAUGUAUUUUCCACUUGUCUAGAAACUUUUGUAAAUAUUAUACUUAUUGAAGUGAAGAAAUAAUUGUUUUAUACAAACAUAAAACUGUUAAGUUUUGAUACCAGAUUUAUUAAAUAAAAUAAUGGUUUAAAACUCCU